AUGUUUCCGUUGCUUCAUCCUCAAAUCGUCGAUGCAGUCGGCAAGGACAUAUGUCCAGCUUGGGAAAACAACGCACAGCAGGACGGACCAUGUACCAAUGAUUACGACACAAAUGUAUCUGGCGAGUUCAGAUGUUCCAAUCGGGCAUGCUCCAAAGUCUGGGGUAGUGGCCUAGUGGCGAUUCGAAUAAUGGCAUUUGAUGAUAAUCGGUACAAUGCCAUCGUCUACAACCAGCAUUGCAAAAAAUGCAACAGCCUCGGGAUCAUGAAGCUCGACGAAGCCCGCUAUGUCGAGAGAGUAUCUUAUCGACUCAAAAAAUGGGCAGGUGUUCGGCAGGAAACACCACUCUAUCAAGCCAAAAGUAGUCCCCCACAUAUGGACAAACUUUGCGAAGGAUGUAUUCAAGGCCAUUGUCGGCAGGGAAAACGCGAUGAUCUCAUCUCUGGAUUCCAAAAUUUGGCCUUCAGCUGA